AUGGGCGGUAUGCUCAGUAACACUCGUAGCAUCGACCUCGUUGGUCCGAAGAAGCUGGGAAGUAGCGGGCGUCCCCUUCCCGACGACUUGCUCGCAGAGAUCCUCUCCUACCUCCCAGCAAAGACCUUCUUUAGGCUCCUCUCUGUGUGCAAGACCUUUCGCCAGCUCUCAUAUGAUUCUCAUUUCCUCCUUUCACAGUCGUGCCACAACAAUGUCAUCUCCGGAUUCUUCCUCCACCGUCGCAACAUCUCUGGGCCCUUCUUCAUCGUUGACCCCUACGCCGGCGUGCCCAGAAAAAGCCUCGAAUUCUUAUGCUACACCAACGCCGUAAUCCUUGGGUCAGCUGGUGGCCUCGUCUUUGUCUUGCAUAGGAAAGAUGGUGCCUUAUGUGUCUACAACCCGGCCCGUGGGACUCGGUGCCGGCUGCCUUCCCCGCCGGGCAAGUAUUGUACGCGGAGCGGCAUCGCGGUGAGAUUCAUGAACGAUGGAGAUGGGGUGACGAAAGACUACAAGUUGGUCUACGUUUCACGGACCUCAGCACGGGGCUCGUUGCACCACUGUCGGGUCUAUGACUCGUUUGCGAGGGUGUGGACGAUGGACAAGGAACUCGACUUCGGUGGGAAGGAACUAGAUUUGAAGCACCCGGUGGUCUGCGACAACAUCGUGUUCUGGGCAUCGUCACAUUCAGAAUCAUACGAGAGGGUCGACCAAUAUGUCGUCGCCUUCGAUGUGAGGAAGGAGCGCACGCAAAUCAUCCCUCUACCAGAAGAAGCUGCCGUCGCCUACUUCGAUACGAUCGGACUAGGCAAGUGGGAGGGGAAGUCGCUGUGCCUAAUCCAUUACGACAUGUAUACUUGGGUGUUCGCACUGUGGCUGCUGAGGAAGACAAACGACGGUCCGCCAGGAUGGGUGAAGGCGCAUGAGGUGAGCUUGAGCCAGAUUGGGUUCAGGGAACCCUGCUACGUGAGCUCCAUCAUGCUGAGCGAGGUGGCGACGACCACGUUACUUGUUUUCACCAUACUUACCGAGGCAUACAGCUAUAAUAUAAAGGAUGGAGAGCUCAAGAAACUGGCAUCGUCGGAAAUCCAUUUCGGCAAGUUGAUCCCUUACUCUAAUACACUUCGGCCAUGCGGUGAGCAAGAGGAGCUGUUGGAUGAAAUCUGA